AAUCCACUCAUGUUUGCCAAUGCAGCUAGGGUACCAUUCUUCCUCAAAAAGCUUUCACAGCAUUUCAGCAAAGGGAAGGGCAAGGAUAGCGAGUCGCUUGACGAUGUGAAGAUCUUGGAUAUCGGCUGUGGUGGAGGAUUAGUGACUGAAGAGAUUGCAAAACACACAAAAGCAAAAGUGAUUGGCAUAGACUUGUCAAAACAGUCCAUAGCGAAAGCAAGGCAACAUUCACCAUUCCCCCUCAACCGUCUUGCCUACGUUAUUGGUUCUGCGUAUGAGCUACCGUUUGCCGAUGGUUCGAUCGACGCAAUCGUGUGUAGUGAUGUCUUUGAGCAUCUACAUGACGUUCCAUUGGCAAUGCGAGAAAUACACAGAGUAUUACACAAAGGCGGCAUGUUGGUAUACGAUACAGUGAAUCGGACCAUGUUCUCUUGGUAUGGUACGAUCGUCAUUGCGCAAAACAUAUUGCAUUAUGUACCCGAUCAUUCUCAUGAUUGGAGGAUGUACAUUCGCCCGGAAGAGAUGCAACGUGCUGCUCAACAAGCAGGCUUGCAACAUGCUCCUCUAUCUUCAAUUUGCGGCAUGCGACCAACAUUG